GAACUCUGGACAGGAGAUAGGAGCACAGCAGGGGAGAUCGCGAGAAGUUCGAAACUCGUGAAAGAGGAGCUUCAAGGUUGAAGAAGCCAGCUGAGACUCCUUUUAAGAUCUCAUGGCGAUCCUCGUAUCUUGCGUUCCUACCAGAGCCUCGGCGCUACACAGUCGAGAGGUUUCUCGUCGGCAAACGAGCACAGGUAUAUCUGUAUCAGCUCGCCGCCGGCGAAUCCCCGUCGGCUUAACCACGGAGUCUUGGGGCAUCAGCUGUGUCCCGCCGAUUACAAGAGCAACACCAAUCGAUGCAGUUGAUUCAGGAGCCGCAGAGCCGCCAGCAGGAGGAAAAUUCCCAGCAGUUGAUCCAGGAGCCGGAGAACCGCCAGCGGGAGGAAAAACCUCAGCAGUUGACCCAGUACCCGGAGAACCGCCAGCACGAGGGAAAUUUUCCUUACCCAACAUACCUCCAUGGGUGAAGUUGGUCGUUGGUGCCUACUUUGCUGCAGUACCAUUUUACUGGCAGAUGAGGGCAAUGGAAGAAAGGGUGGAGGAAGCAGCAGAGGAAGCAAUCGAAGCGGUCGAAAGGGUGGCGGAGACGGCUGAGAAAAUUGCCGAAGAUGUCGCUGAAGCGUUUCCUGAGAAUAAAAGCCUAAAAAAGGCAGCAUCUAGGAUCAAGGCCAUCACAUAUGAGGUCGAGGAAGAUGCGAACAAAGCCGAGGCCCUACUUCAUAAGAUUGAGCAAAUAGAGAAAGAGGUGGAUGAAGCAGUUGAUUCUAUCACGAAGAAAAAAAUGAAGAGAAAGAACUCAUGAACAGGAGACGAAGGGGAUGGCGAAGAAAAGUAGUAGUAACACUUACUAGUAGCAGUUGUUAACCGAGUAUAUAGAGGCAAAAUGCAUGAUUCCGUUGCUAUUAUCUUUGUAUACAUGCAGUCUUCAUCCAUUUACCCGGAAAGGAUAGGUAAAAUCACUUCGAGAUGUUAUGACAAAGUAGUUUUUUGUACCACUUUUAAGCCACCAUGCAAAGGAAAAGGAAAACCUGUAGCGCCUGAUGUUUUGUCAUAAA